AUGGUGUCUACUUCCAAAACCAGCAAUUUGACGUUUGUGGCCACAGUGAGUAAUCUUGAUUAUAUUAAAUCUGGACUAACAGGCUAACAGGGUUAUUCACUAAAAAGACAAUUUAAAGUGAAUUUAUAGAGAAUUUCAAAUUUAAGGACAAAAUAGUGGAAUUGAAAAAAAAUCUCCAAUUCUCAAAUUCAGCUGUGCUUCCGGUUCGCAACUUUUUGAAUUUGAAAUUCACAUUGAAUUCUCACUUUGGUGAAUAACCCUGUAAAUGUUGUCAAGACCGUCAGUAUUAUUUUCUAAUUUGAGAACUCAAAGUGAAUGUAAUUUAUAAGGCCAGAGCAGCUGAACUGAAAACUUAGUUCAAUUGGAGCAUUUUUCCAAGUCAGCUAUUUUGUCCUUAAAUUAAAAAAUUAUCUUUCAAUUCUCGCUUUAGCAAAUAAACCGUGAUCAUUUUUUUUCCACAAUGCAAAAUAAUAUCCCCACACAACACCAGACAAACUCAUGCAGAAGUUCCAUGCCUUUCUCUCCUUACUUUGUUUGUUAUAGCUGUAGAUAUAUAAACGCCUAGUCCUGUGAGGUCUCCUUAAGACCCUGUACCAGUAUCAGAUAGUAUAGAGUAUUUAGGCACAGUAUGUGCAUGCAAGUAACUUGACCAACUGUAUCAUAACAAAGCUACUUUGCCAUACCUUUCUAUAACAAGAAGAAAAAACAACACACAUUACUUAAAAACAUAGGUAUAUUAAUUAUGGACACAAUUUCAUUGUGGGCAAAAGGAGUAGAAAGUGAAAAAGAAAAGUAAGAAUAAUAAAAGAAGAUCUCAGCGAGUGUGGAGAUUGGGGGAAAAUUGUCUUUUCCGUCGUUACUUGUUAGUCACACAAAGUCAUCAACAUAAUUAUUUCACGAUAAAGCCCUUUAACAAUAAAGAAACACUCUAGCAUUCGGAAUACCAAUGUCUAUUCCUAACGCUAUAUUGUCCCCCUCGCCUUAUUUCACUUAUCUCUUUCCAGCACCGAGACCUCCUUAGCCCUGGAUAGGUGUUCUCCUCCUGCGAUGCCUCGGUGAUGGUUGCGCACAUUUAAGCUUAAACAUAGGAAAGCAUUAAAUCCAUGCUUGCCUAUGGAGAAUUUGAAAACAUUAGACAUACUCAUGCAAGGUAUGAGGACUUCCACUGUCGUUUUACAGAAUAAAAAUCUGUUUGGGACCAGGAAAUGUCUCUAUUGGAUGUCUGGCUGGCAGUUACUAGAAGAUGACUUAAUCUGCAAUAGAAACAUGGAAAAUAUUUUCGUUUUCAAGGUUAAACAGACAGGAACACUGCACCCAGAACACUAUAAAUAGAUGAAGUGGUCUGGGUAUCAAUAGUGUCCCUUUAACCAGCAGAGCUUCCAUGUCAAAGAGCCUCACUGCAUCAUCUACCUGUUAAUUCCAGGAAACUUCAGGAUUUGCAGGUGAAUGCCAUGAGGUCCGUUGGUGCCAAUAAAUGAACAGUUAGUGUAUCACUGGUGUCUUCUUGCUAGAUCAACCUGGUUCACCCGCCUUAGAAACUUUACCUUUCACCUUAAAAACAUUUAUUUUUGCAUAAAGAGAACACAUUUAGUUAAAUGACCUAAGUCACCAUAGUCCUAAGGCCUAUUUUUGAGCCUGACAUGAUAAAUAUUACCAAUAUAGGGCUUCACAAACCCAUGUUCUGGUCUUGUUUAUAAAUUACACAAAAUUAACAAGCAAGCGUAAGUGUAUAUUUAUGAACUUUCAAAGAUAGAUCCAUUAAAUUUACCUUCAGAGAUUAUAGUUUGCGGCUUUUAGUUAUCUGCAUUUUUAACUUACCUCUUUAUACCGUCACCUCAUAUUUAUGUGUAUUUUGCAUAAAAUACUGUAUAAUCAUUCUCUAAACUAUCUAGCACUUUCCUACUGUCAACUCACACCAUAUCCUGCCAGGGGUAGAUAUUGGGCAAAGUUAAAGAAAAACCGAACAACAUAUUAAUUUUCAAGAACCAAAAAGGCACUAACCCAUUCUUUGUCUUCAACAUAACAACUUAUGCCUUUAUUAAACGCUGUUGUACUAGUCCACUACUCCAUACUAAUUCUUCUUGACCUCUCUGCUGCCUUUGACACUGUUGAUCAUGCUCCCUUUCUUCAAACUCUUCAAUAACUCGGUCUCUGUGACUCUGUCCUUUCAUGGUUUUUCUCUUAUCUCUCCCAAUGCUCAUUCAGUGCCUCUAAUGAUACCUCCUCCCUUCGUCCUGCCUCUGUUAGAGUCCCCCAAGGCUCUGCCCUUGGUCCCCUUCUAUUUUCUCUUGCUCUCUUUGCCUCUCUUGGCAAACUUAUUACCUUAUUUGGAUUACCUGUACGCUAAUGACACCCAGAUAUAUCUCUCCUCCCCGGACCUCUCCCUUGCAGUCCUGUAACAUGUCACUGCUUGCCUUUCUUACAUCUCUGACUGGAUUUCCUCCCUCUUUCUAAAACUCAAUCUUUCUAAAACGGAGCUCCUUUUUUUCCCUCCUCUUAAAGGACCACUCUAGGCACCCAGACCACUUCAGCUUAAUGAAGGGGUCUGGGUGCCAGGUCCAGCUAGGCUUAACCCAUUCUUUUAUAAACAUAGCAGUUUCAGAGAAACUGCUAUGUUUAUGAAUGGGUUAAGCCUUCCCCCAAAGCCUCUAGCAGCUGUCUCAUUGACAGCCGCUAGAGGCGCUUUUGCGUGAUUCUCACUGUGAAAAUCACAGUGAGAGCACGCAAGCGUCCAUAGGAAAGCAUUGAUAAUGCUUUCCUAUGUGACCGGCUGAAUGCGCGCGCAGCUCUUGACGCGCGUGCGCAUUCAGCCGACGGGGAGGAUCGGAGGCGGAGAGGAGGAGGAGAGCUCCCCGCCCGGCGCUGGAAAAAGUUAAGAUUUAACCCCUUUCCCCCUUCCAGAGCCGGGCGGGAUGGGGUCCCUGAGGGUGGGGGCACCCUCAGGGCACUAUAGUGCCAGGAAAACAAGUAUGUUUUCCUGGCACUAUAGUGGUCCUUUAAUACUGAUCCUCCUCUUUCGCUCUUUUGUCAGGAUUACUGUUUGACUCAGCACGUAGAACUGUAUAGCACAGAUGGCAAAUAAGUAACGUAUUACCGGUCCUUAGAAUGGCCAGAUUUAACGUACAUAGAAUAGUCAAAAAUACUAGCCGAGGUCAGGGAACACAGAAAGGGAUGCAGCGAUGAGGAAAGCCAGGAUUCAGGAUACCAGAAUAUAGAGAAGUCAAAAAACAAAGCCAAAGUCAAAAACCAGGUAGAAAACUAUUAACAGGAACGCGCUCUCGGACAACCACAAGGGAAACCACGACAGGGCACUGAGCAGGAUGAGAACUGGGCCUAAAAGUCAGUUACCAGGUUUCAUUUGCAUAAUUGCUGCUCAGCAUUAACCCUUCUGUGGAUUAGGUUGCUGCUCGGCACAACUUUUCCAGUGUGGACAGUAAAUGUCAUUAACCACAUUUUUAUAAGCGGAUGAAUACGUGACACUUUUUAAGUCUGCCACCAGACUAAUUUUCCUCUCCAGUCGCUCCUCUCACACUUCACCCCUCUGUCAGUCCUUACAUUGGCUUCCUGUAUGCUAUAGGAGUCAAUUCAAAGUACUAAUCGAUACCUAUAAAGCACUGAACAAUUCUAGCCCCUCAUAUCUCACAGAUCCAUAGGCAUGUCCCUUCUCGGUCUCUCAGCUCUGUCCAUGACCUUCUCUUGUCUGCUGCUCGCACCCACACGGCCUACUCACGCUUGUAGGACUUCUCACGAGCAGCUCCCUUCCUAUGGAAUAGCUUGCCUUCCACCAUCAGACUCUCCUCUAGUCUUCAAUUGUUUAAAAAGUGCCUUAAAACCCAUCUCUUUAAGAAAGCUUAUGACCUCCCAAAGUAACCCUUACCUUACAUACCUGUCCCUUGUUCUCUCCUUAAGGGCAGCACUCUACUCUCUACUCCAGCUCUGCUUCACUCCCACCUUAUUUGCUUGCGAUCUCCUGUCCUUUUGUGUUUUAUACCCCACCACCAAUAGACGGCAAGAUCGUUUGAGCAGGGUCCUCUUCAACCUAUAGUUCCUGUAAGUUUUUUGUAAUGGCCCUAUUUAUAGUUAACCCCCCACCCCCUUAUAAUAUUGUAAAGCACUACAGAAUCUGUUGGCGGUAUAUAAAUGGCAAUAAUAAUAAUAAUAAAAGUCCUUAAUAUUAUGGAGUAAGAUACUGCAUAUUCUUUAGUGAGUAAAUCAACAAGUUGUUUGAGAGUUGAAGGUGGUGAAACUCUGUGUUUAUGGGUGUUCCCCUAUUUGAUCCCAAAGAUUAAGCCACCCAUGCUCCACAAAAUUGGAACCGCCAGAACAUAUUGCUAAAUUCCUACCUAUGCAUAUCUACAAACCCUUAUCUAAGGAAACAAGCAAUAAGCUGAGAGCAGGGUGUACCCGUCCCAUAGACCUGGACCAAGCUUGAAAGACCACUGAGAUCGACCCCCAGAUUACCCAAAUUAUAGUUAAAUUUGUUGGAAGCCUAGAAAUAGUCUCAAGUUCUCUUUAAUAUAUACCUAAGACAAGCUCUUGGAUUCUAUGGGGCCAUUAGAUAGGUUUUACAAACUGCUAGAGGCUGCUCAAUCUGGAGUGUAACAGCUCGAUUUUGAUGUUGCCAAAGACUGUAUGUAAGUUGUGUAAUGCCAACACGGCUUUGGCCACGGUGCUUAGGAAGGCAAUCCUACUAAAAUUAGAGCCUAAACUGGUCAAUAUGGCCUUAAAUAAACCAGGGGUUCCCGCUAUGGCUAUUUUAUUUGGAGAAUCUUUUAUCAAGAUUUAGAAGCUUUUUGGGAGCCGUCUGUACAGCCUAACUACCCUUUCUUCCCAUCCAUGUGUGGAGGGCAGACUGGCUUGUUUUGCUCAUGUGUGGCCAUUGAUAAGCUCUGAUUUAUGGAUGUUAGAUACAGUUCUAGCAUACUGCUUGAAACUGAUUUCUUGUUCUCUUCAGGUAUCGUCUCUUUGUGGUUUCCCAACAAGUUGAGGUCCUGAUGAUGUCUAAGAUAUCCAAGUUGUUGAUUAAAGGAGCUAUUCAGGAAGCCCCUUGGGACACCCCAGGUUUUGUGAGCAACCUCUUCAUAGUUUAAAAAAAAAAAAAGCAGCCGAAUUCGCCCAGUGAUCAACUUGAAACCCCUGAAUGCUUUUCUUUAAUACCACCAUUUCGAGAUGGAAGACAUUCAUUGUCUUUGUGACCUCCUCCUACCGUCGGAUUGAAUGGCCGAGCUGGAUCUCAAAGACACAUACCUUGCAAUUCCGAUUGCACUUGAUUACAGAGAUUUCCUACAAUUCACAUGGAGAGACAAAAGAAAGGAAAUUCACUUUCCUACCCUUCAGCUUCUCUUCAGCCACAUGAUGCUUUACCAUCAUGAAACCAGUGGUGGAGUUCCUUCAAAGUCAGGGUGUCUGUUGGAUCAUUUAUCUAAACAACAUUCCCCUCCUCUCACAAUCUGUAGAUCUUACUGGAAGAUCAGACUCCUCCAAAACAUAGGUUUCCUUAUAAAUUGGAAAAAAAAUCCAUUCUCGGACCUUCCCAUACCAUAGAAUGUCUGGGAUUUUAAGCAUCAAAUGUUACAUCUACCGACAGACAAGGUCAAGUCCAUCAAAAUGGAAAUCAGGCGCUUUCACUACCGAGAACAUCUCUACCUCUGAUAUCUAGGUUGCAUUAUCGGCCAUCUAACGUCGUCAUUCCAAGCCAUUUUUUCGGGUUGGUUACAUUACCAUAGCCUACAAUGUCUCAAUGCCUCAUAUCUCUGAGCAAGUCAUUUUUACGAGGCUCAGAUAUCAUUAGAUAGAAAGGCCAAGGAAGAGUUGUUUUGCUGGCUGUCCCACAUGGAUGAGGGGAACGGCAGGGCCAUAUUUGGCUCGACAUCCGACGUCAUCGUAGAGUCCGACGCCUGUUUACACCAUUGGGGUGCGGGCUGUUGGGGCAUUCUACAAGUGGAAUAUGAUCUGUAAAUGAAUUAUUUUCUACACAUCGAGACAUAGAGCUGUAGGUGGGAUCAUUUGCCAUUUGAAGAAUCUCCCUACUGACAGCCUCUUGUUCAAUCCUGCUCAAGAUGGACAAUGUGUCGGCUGUCUGGUACAUAAAUCAUCUGGGAGGCACAAGGUCAAGGACCUUGGAGGUGCUUGCUCGAGAUUUAUGGCAUUAUUGCAUCUUACACAAUAUUUCAAUAGUGGCUGAACACAUUCCAGGACUGUCCAACAGUGCGGCAGACUGGAACUCACGAUACCUCAGUGAUUCCGGAGACUGGCAUCUGCAUCAACCCCUGUGUCUCAGCAUCACUCAUCUUUGGGGCCCAUUGGUUAUCUACCUCUUUGCCUUCCACUUAAACACUCAUCUUCCACAAUUCUUCAGCUGGAGACCAGAUCCAGAUCCAGAUUCCCAAGCUGUGGAUGCCUUUCUACAAGAUUGGACUCUGGCAGAGCAAUGUGCAUUUCCUCCAUUCUGGCAUAUUUCAAAAAUUCUCCUAUACCCCCACCUUUGGGGGACUUCUCUGGUACUGAUCACACCCUUGUGGUGAUCUCAACCAUGAUCUACCUGUCCUCUCCUGAUCUCUCCCCGUCCCUCUUGACUAGUGUCUCUGACUGCCUCUCUGCUGUUUCUAACUGGAUGGCUACCCACUUCCUUAAACUAAACUUGACCAAAACUGAAAUUCUGGUCUUUCCUCCCUCCUGUGUCUGUCUCCCUCCAAGUCAACGGUGCUACCAUCAGCUCCACCACGCAUACCUGUCCCUUGCUCUCUCCUAAAGGGCUCGCUUCCUAGGUGUUCUCUUUGACUCCAACCUCUCCUUCAAGCCUCAUGUUCAAUCUAUCGCCAAAUCCUGUCAUUUCCAUCUCAAAAACAUUGUGCGCAUCCGCCCCUACUUAACGCCAGAUACGACUAAGGUGUUGGUCCAUUCCACUGUCCUUUCUCGCCUUAACUACUGUAAUGCGCUUUUCAGUGGUCUUACGUGCUCCCAACUAGCACCGUUACAGUCCAUAAUGAAUGCGGCGGCGAGGCUCAUCUUCCUGUCCGUCCACACCUCCCAUGCCUCACCCUUUUGUCAGUCCCUACAUUGGCUUCCUAUAAAAUAUAGAGCUCAAUUUAAAAUUCUGGUUCUUGCUUUCAAAUCUCUACAUAAUGCUGCUACCACCUAUCUAUCCUCCAUUAUACACAAGUAUGUCCCGUCUAGGCCCUUACGAUCUGCUGAAGACUUAUGUCUAUCGUCUGUCCGUACUCCCACCUCUGAUGCUCGCCUUCAAGAUUUCUCGAGGGCUGCACUGUUCCUGUGGAACUCACUUCUCUCCUCCGUUAGAUGCUCACCCAGUCUCCACUCCUUUAAAAAAUCGUUAAAAACCCACUUCUUCAUAAAAGCGUAUCAAUGAAACUGUUAGUAGCUCCUGACUGAUUCCUCUUCUGCAACUGUCACUAGUCUAAUACUAUCCUUACCUUUUUGUGUCAUUUUACCCCACUCCCUCUAAGCUAAUUGAGCAGGGCCCUCAACCCCUCUGUUCCUGUGUGUCCAACUUGUCUGGUUACAACUACAUGUCUGUUCGUCCACCCAUUGUAAAGCGCUGCGGAAUUUGACAGCGCUCUAUAAAUAUCAUAAUAAUAAUGGUUCCCUCAUCUUCUAGAGAUGUUCAUAGACCUUCCCGGAUUGCUGCUAAAUAUACCUGCAAUCCUCAUACCUGCGAUCCUUGUAGUUGCUUAUUUAUUUUGGGAAAAAAUAAUAAAAUUACACCAGGCACAGGCAGUAAUAAAAAUAAUAUACAAGGAAUAUAAAUCCAAAUACAGGCAAGACAAUUGAAUGGUGACACCACUAAGCAAGACAGUACACUUUUUCACCCUCAUAGUUACAGAUGACUUUCAGUGUUUGAUUUAGUGAUGCAAACUGCUGUUUAUAUUCACAAAAAAACAUCUGCAAGGCACAAAUACUAUUCUCAAGGACUCUGUGGCUACAGUGUCUGCGGAAAGGUGCUGAGCACAGCAGGGAAAAUUCACUGUGAUCAUAAGCACUUUCCAAGUCUAUUAUUAGCUGCAUGCCCAAGGCCAAUUCUGCAAUACUAUUCAGGGCAGGUGUCCUUUUUUAAAAGCAAUCUUCUCGAUCUUCAUUUUUUUUCUAUAGUUUCUGUCUUGCAUUAGCUCGUUGGACAUCAGCUGUAUUUACUUAUUAAACGAAUUUCCAGGCAGAAUGCAUUAAAAUAUAGAGUGUGGACGGUACAAUGCUACCAGUCUUCCCAACCAUUCUGACACACAGAGGGACUAGAAAAAGGGAGUAAAAGACACACAAAUGGGCAGGUGGCGAAAGACAUACACUAAAGGGGCUGGGGGAGGGAUAAUAGACACACAGAGGUGCAGGGGAAGGGGAACAAGAGACACAAACAGGAUGGGGGCAAGUGAUACACAGAGUGAAUGGGGGAAGUAAGAGACACACAAAGAGGUUGGAUAAAGCAAGAAACACAUAGAGGGGCUGGGGGAAGUAAGAAGCACACAAAUGGACUGGGCAGAAGCAAGUAACACACAAAGGGUCUGUGAGGAAGUAAGAGACACAUAAAGGUGGGGAAGACACACAGAGGAAAAUGGGGGAUAAGGCACACUAAAAGGGAUAACACAUUGAAAAGAGGCAAUAAGAAACACAAAAGCAGAUAAGAAAUUUAAUUUAAUAUGGGGGGGGGGGUUAAAUGACACACAGGUGAAGAUGCUUUUUUGGGGAGGGGCGGCAAAUGCACCUUUCCCUGUGUAGCCAAAAAUCCUUCCAUGAGCCAUGUUUCAGAGUACUAGGACCCUGGAGAGGGCACUGAUAUGGUACUCCCUUCAGAGUGAGCCUCAGUGGACCAGCUUGUUAGAUUGACAAGCUGCCAUCCUUGCAUUCACGCUAGGCUGAUCUGCCAGUUUAUCAGACGUAGAGUCAGAGUUGCUUCCCAUUUAACCCCCUCCCACGAUGUACCAAUUCUUUGGAUGCUAGUGUUGGGAAGUAUGCGCUGCACAAGAUAGCUAUAUGAGUUUGAUUAAAUGCUAUAUCAGAUUUGAUGGUAUUGAUGGCAAUGGUUAGUUAAUGAUCUGUGAUAAACACUAAGAUAAACCACCACACUUACGGCAGCAGUAGCUUAGUAUCCAACAGCUUAAAAUACAUAGUAAAAACAAAGAGAAAGUUACCUGCGCUCCAUAUAGAAGCCCUAUAAAGGGUUAAAUGUGAAAGGGUUUAUAAGAUACCCCUUCCUGUCUUGCUGGAGAUUCUUGGCUGAUGUCAGCAUAUCUAAUGGCUAGAGUAGGACUCACCUAUUGAGGCUUGCCUUGACGUGGCAGGUGAGCUUAUAUAUUCAAAUGGCCAUUGGAAUAAAACUAAAGAGCCUCCAUUUUGUUUAAAUGUACAUGGGGAUUUAGGCCAGAGCGCAGGUAACGUUCUCUUUGUUUUUUUACAAUGAUCUGUGAUAACUGGAAGAGAUGUAACUACAAACCACGGGACCCCGGUGCAAAUAAUUUCCUAGCCCCCCCCCCCCAUUAAUCUCAUUCCCCUCUCCAGGCCAACCAUAUGUCUCAUUCCCUCCAUACAGCCCCUCCAUGUGUCUUAUUCCCCCCAGAUCCCCAUAUGUUUCAUUCCCUCCCACCCAAAGCCCCUCCCCGUGUCUCAUUCCCUCCCUUUCAUAUGUCCGUUCUUCCCUCUCUCCCCCUCCCCUUUCCUCCCUCUCUCUCCCCCUCCUGUACCUGGCACAUUCCCGAUCUGACAGGAAGUGCUGUCUAAGUGAGCACAGCCUGUCAGACUGCUCGGCCACGCUAUGUACAGGCAGGUGGGGAGCAGCACAACACAGAUCUCCCAUCCUACCAGACACCUGGGAAUCGUGGGCCACGAACCGGUGCAACUGUGCACCGGCACCGAAUGUAUUCCGACAGCCCACGUUCGUAGGGUUCCCCGCUGCGGCCAGGCCCCCUGGAGUGAUGGGCCUUGUCGCAACUGCGACCCCUGCAACCAUGGUAGGUACGCCACUGCUUGAGAGGCAAGAGUAGCCUUUCAGAGAGCUUCGAAUCUGCUAACUGUUUAGUAGAUAGGACAUAUUGCCCCGUGAUAUGGAGGGUGGGGCAUUUAGAAAGUUUCAAACCUCUCUAUGGGAGUCAGUGGUGGAACUAAUGUAGAGAGGGCCCUGGUGUAAGAAAGGGUUUUGGGUGCCCCUCUAGUGCAAGAGUGGCCAAAAGGUAGAUCUCCACCUGUGGUACAACUCCAAAGAUACUAUACCAGCUGGGGAUCUACCAUUUGCCCAAGUGCACACCCUGACAGACAGAUACAUGGACACUGACACACACAGGCACCCUGACACACAGAUGCACUCACUGACAUGUAUACACACACAGAUGCAAACCCUGACACACAGAUACACACAAACUGACACACACACGCAGACACAAAGAUGCACACCCUGACACACAGAUGCGCACAUUGACUUGUAUAGACACACACAGAUACACACCCUGGCACAAAGAUACAUACACACUUACACACACAUGUACACUGACAAACAGGCACACAAAUGCACAUCCUGACACACAGAUGUGCACACACACAUACACAGAUGCACAUCCUGAAACACACACAUAUUGACCUACAUAAUUACACAGAUAUACAUACAUAUUAACACACAGAGACACAUAUAUACACACUGACACAUACAAGCACAGGCACAAAGAUGCACACACUGCCAUAUACACACCUUGAGACACACACACACACACACACACAAUCUGACAUAAACACAUGAAAGUCAUUGUUUAUAUUUGUAACCACCCUCAUAUUAACCUCCAUUGGCUUUAUUUUGUUUUUUAAAAACGUUUAAAUGUGAUGGCUGGCUAGCAAGGUCAGACCAGCUGGCACAUGGUUGCCAAGUGUUCUUUAACUGUCUGCCCGAACGGUGCCAGCAGGCAGAUAGUUUGUAUUUAAAAAUCUGGGUCUGUAUUUUAAGCAUCUGGGUCCAGACAUCAGAUGCCUAGUAGUGAUCGAGUAGCUUUAAAUACAAAUGUUUGGGCAUACCUGUGGUUUCUUUGAAGAGGCCAUCUUUUAUUUAGAAGUACAGAAAAUGAACAGCGUUUUCUCAAGACUUGACAAAUGCACGGGUAGGUGCCGAAAUGUUCAUUUUCUGUACUCCUGAAUUAAAGAAUGACUCUUCUAAGAAACCACAGGUGUGCCCAAACAUUUGUAUUUAAAGGACCACUCUAGGCACCCAAACCACAUCAGCUUAAUGAAGUGGUCUGGGUGCCAGGUCCUUCUAGGGUUAACCCAUUUUUUUAAAUAAACAUAGCAGUUUCAGAGAAAGGUGGGGGCACCCUCAGGGCACUAUAGUGCCAGGAAAACGAGUAUGUAAUUUGGGAGUUGGGCUUUCCUGCUUGGAGGCACCCUGAUGGGAGUGGGUGCACUUCCUCCCCAUCUGAAAAGUCUGGUAGUGAUCAAUCAGGCUGAAAUCUAAACAACAGUCCUGCUCUUUCAGAACCAGUACUGCAAAAUCCAGACAUAGUUAAAUAGUGUGAAUAUAGUGUGAACAAUCUCCAGAUUUGCAGUAUGAAUGGUGAAUAAUAUUGAAUAACCCUAUAAGGGAAACUAUAGUGCCAGAAAAACAAAGUUUUCCCCUCCCUGUCACUUACCUCAGUCACUUACCUAAAUCCAGCGCCGAUGUUCCUGCGUCAGUCGGUGGGGUAGACCUAAUGGGCAUACGCGGCAAUGGCCAUGCUCACAUUAGUUCUUCCCCCAUUGGAAAGCAUUAUACAAUGCUUUUCUAGGGGCUGUUAGGCACCUAACUGACGCUGGACGUCCUCCCCCAUCCAGCGUCAGUUAGGUGCCUAACAGCCCUUAGCUUCCUCUAGUGGCUGUCUGGUACCCACCAAGCUAAUUAUUGCAGUUACUAGCUUUGCAGGGUUAAGGGACCUGGGACUGUUCACCCAGGCCACUUCAAUGACAUGAAGUGGUCUAGGUGCCUAUAGUGUCCCUUUAAUGUUUCUGUUUAUCUUACUUCAAUGCCAUGCAUGUCCUGUUGCUAGCAUGACUGAAAUGGAUUGUGAUUGUGAUAUCAAUGGCUAAUUCAUUUCAUACACAUUUAAAAGAAAACACAUUUCGAAAAAGGUUAACACAAGUUGCAAGUUAUUUUCAGUGUUUUAUUUAGUGGUGCAAUUUGCAGCGUAGUGAUGAUUCUCCUUUAUACAUGUACUCAUUAUGAAAAUAAGGCUUCUGAUCUCAAAUCACCGUGGGCUAUAUUCCAAUGCUGAGUAUCUGUCAUGCACAUGUGAUGAUAAAACGAAGAAUGUCCAUUUUUGGAUACUGUGAUUGGUAUAGAUUUACGUAAUGUGUAUCUGAAUCUCUGGAUAUUCUUUGGAAUUUCCUGUUUGUUUCAAUCAAAAUUUCCUGUUUGGCUUCGGAAGGAUAGCUCUCCUAUGCUUAUCCUUUUUUCUUAAGCCUCCCAUAAGUCCAUGGUUUCUAUUUAGCAUUCCUACACACAUCAAUAUUUAUUAAGAAUAAAUUUAUUUAGUUUAUGAAAGACGAAUGUUACACAAUUGUAUAUAAAAGCCAGAGACACAAUGUAGGAGAGAUAAUUCUUUCAAGGGUUUACUGCUUGCGUGCUAAAGGAACACUCCAAUCACCAUAACCACUACAGUUUGCUACAAUAAUUAUGGUCCAGGAUUGCUUUGACGCCCUCCUAGUGUAAGCAGUCAAACUAUUUAAGAAUGGGGACUCUGGGCUCUGCUGCCACCAGACACCUCUUCCUCAUGAGCUUGGAAGCCGCAACAAAUAACAUCCAUUAGCUCUCAAUGUUUUGACUGCUUAUCAUGAGAGACCACCAGGGCACUCCAGGAACCAUGGUCACUACUUUUUCUUUAAAAUUAAACACCCCACAUUACAUUUAAAGCUAUCACCUCCUGAUAUUUCCUAUAUACACGUUAGUAUAACGAUUCCAACAGAUGAAUAGAAUUUUGUCUAGUCAAGCUUUAGUAAAUAUAUUGUCAAUUAGCACUUGAAUAUAGAAAUGUUUUAUAGUGUAAUGGUGAUUUACCUUAAAUUAGAUUGUAGUUUUAGAUUGUAGUUUUAAUCACUGUUAAUGUUGGUAGGGAACUUAUAGUUUUCAGUGGGGGUGGCCAUCUUUAAAUUUUCUUUGGUUGGAUAAGCAGUACUUGUGACCAAAUACCAUGCAGGUAAAGAAGAACUAGUGUGUGUUCACAAAUACUGACGUCCCAUAAAGGUCCAAGGCAUCUAAAAUAAAAUACACCUGUUUUAUUUGGCUGUUCAUGACAUAUCGUCUUUGUUCAGAUAAGUAGUACUUUCUACUAAUGAGGAUUUAAAGAUGGCUGCCCCCACAAAAAGGAUAAACCAAGAGAUUUUCUAAAAACAAGUAUUUACUAAUACAAAAAGAUAAGUCCUGCGCUCACUCCCAUCACUACUGGGCCAGCAGCAAUGACUACAGUACACAUUUGCCCCAAUAUAUAGUAAAAACCAAAGAAAAGAAAAAGUUACCUGCGCUCUCUCCUUAAUCCCUAUGUAUAUUUAGACAAAUGGAGGUCAUUUCGUUGCUCCAAUGGCCAUUGGAGGGAAUGCCCGCCUGCCAACGUCAAGGCAGACCCCCCUAAAGCGGGUCCUAACACUGACCCUUCAGCCUGCUUCCUUGAGCUUCCGGCAAAGAUAUCUCUAAUGAGACAGAGGGGUAUUUUUUAUAUAUACACCCCUAUAUACUUAUUAACCCUUAAUAGGGAACACAUGGGAUGGGUGGCAGCAUUGUAAAAAGGCUGUGUGAUACAAAGUAAAUACAAAUACAAAAAAGAGAAGUCCUGCGCUCACUCCCAUCACUACUGGGCCGGCAGCAAUGACUACAGUACACAUCAGCCCCAAUAUAUAGUAAAAACCAAAGAAAAGAAAAAGUUAUAGUGAAAAAGUUAGUGUUAGGACCUGCUUUAGGGGGGUCUGCCUUGACGUUGGCAGGCGGGCAUUCCCUCCAAUGGCCAUUGGAGCAACUAAAUGACCUCCAUUUGUCUAAAUAUACAUAGGGAUUAAGGAGAGAGCGCAGGUAACUUUUUCUUUUCUUAAGUAUUUAUUUAUAUUUAAGAAUUUAAAAAUAAUACAGAAAUGGUCUCUAUUACAUGCAAUCUUCUAAAUUAAAUAACCCUAAUAACCAAUGGCAGCUAUCCUUAAAGUCCUGCAUUGAGUGACAUUAUGCAGCCUUCUAAUACACAAAGAGCUGGACAGCAUAUGUUGGUGUUUUGAGAGAUGGCUGUGAUUGCAGCCUCUCGUAAAAAUCUGCGAAUCCGACACAAACAUCCCUCAAACCCUUGUUUUAUUUUAAUCAGCACCUGCGGUGUUUGCGGUUAAUCUCAAAAGAGCAUAAGAUCCAAUGUAAUGGCAGAACUCUCUUUUUGUGAAUUCAGCAAAGUCUUAUUGCUGUGGAAGAGUUUUUUUUCCCCCCAGCAACCUUUGCAUUAACAUGUACGCAUCUGAUUGGGAGGGGGGCAAUGCAUGUUAUAACAGACAAAGCUCCCAUCAUGAGGAGUACAUAGGCUCCAGGGUUACAGGUAACACAAUGUUGCUCUUUUUUCAAUGGGCAGUGUUCCUUGCUUUUAUUAAGUGUUAUCCUGUCGCUGCCUCUUCCAAAGACCUUAGACUUGUCGUUUUGGUAAGUCACACAUUUUUGAAAAUAUUUCUAAUUUAGCCGGAUGCGUUUGUGCCAUGCUUGGGGUAGAUUAACAAAGAUGUGAAAAGUCUUUAAGUUUUUCUGUGUUAUUUAUAAGGCAAAAUAGUCUUGGGCUGUAAUACCUACACUAGAGGUUUAUUUACUAAAAAGUGGUUAUUGAAAAAUCUUGCAAAAUGAAAGGCAAAAAAAAACAAACAAGGGAUUUUGCUGUUGGAGAAUAAUUUUUGGCUAUUAGUGCCUUGAUUUUGCAAAAUCAGUCGGCAAAAUAACAGAUUGUUUAGUGUUUAAAACAUUUAGUAAAUUUUCUAAUUUAGGACAUUGAGGUUUAAUCCCCAAACAGGGUAAUGCACUAAAGUUAGAAUUGCUGAGAAUUCAAAGUCAAUUUCAACAUUUUGGCCAAAAAUAUCUGAAUUACAAAAAUUCUUCAAGUCAAUUCUGUUUUUAAUGUGGUUAUUCUGGACUUAAAUUUGAGAUUAACUUUCACAAUGCAUUGCGGACGCUGUGUCAGCCAUGUAACUGUUUGACGGUCACUCUUUAAAUAAAGAGGUUUUUUUUUAAUAAUACAAAAAAUUAAUUAACUUUGAAUUUAUUUUGAAUUCCCAGCAAUUCUCACUUUAAAAAAAUAACAAUGUGUAUUGUAGAGAAUUAAAAAAAAGAAUUGCAAAAUUUUGACCAAAAUACCUUAUUUGGAAAAAUUGUCCUACUCGGGUAUAGGAAUUACUAGUUUCUUUUAAUCUAAAUUUUGCAAUUCAGCGUAGUUACAUAGUUACAUAGCUGAAAAGAGACUUGUGUCCAUCAAUUCAGCCUUCCUCACAUAUGUUGUUGCUGUUGAUCCAAAAGAAGGCAAAAAACCUAGUCUGAAGCGCUUCCAAUUUUGCCACAAACUAGGAAAAAAUUCCUUCUUGACCCCAAAAUAGCAGUCAGAUAUCUCCUUGGAUCAAGCAGCUAUUACCCCACUAAUUAGAAAUUAUAUCCUUGUAUGUUAUGUUUUUGCAAGUAUUUAUCCAAUUGCAGUUUAAACAUCUGUAUAGACUUUAUUAUGAUAAAACCACCUCUUCAGGCAAAGAAUUCCAUAUCCUUAUUGCUCUUACUGUAAAAAAAAAACCUUUUCUUUGCCUUAGAUGAAAUCUCCUUUCUUCCAGCCUAAAUGUGUGACCUCGUGUCCUCUGUAUAGCCCUGUUUAUGAAUAGAUUUCCAGAUAAAGGUUUGUACUGGCCCCGAAUAUAUUUCAGUGUUUAGUAAAUUGACUGUAAUGUUUCUGUUUAUAAUACGUGAUAAACCGAGCACUUUGCAAGUGGUGAUGCUUACAGACACGAUUGGGAUUUCAACUAAAUUGGGAAUUGUAAAGAAAUCCCAAGAGAAUUACAAAUUGGAGUCCAAGAUAGGACAGACGGAUAAAUGACAGGGCUGGAAAAAUAUAUAUUUUACAAAGUUGUUGACUAUACUUGUCAAAUCUCUACUGUUCACUUUUCAGUAAAUUAUCCCUAUUUUCAUGGAAGAGUACAUUUUCUGAAUUGAUCAUGGACUUCAAAAAUAAGUAAACGUCUUUCAUUUUUGCAGUUUGGUUAUCAAUGUAUUACUGUUCACUGUUUAGCAAAUAUGCCUCUAGCUGCCACAAGGUAUGCUAACACAGGUCGUUUAUGGAUAAUGCCUGCUGUAAAAUUGUGAACAUGUCACGUCUCUUUAGCAGGACCACUAUAAAUUGAUGACAAGUUAAACUUAAAAAUGAUGAAAAUGUAUGUCAGUUAUUUAACAGUUUGAGUGCCAGAUGCAUGAUGAACGUCCUACAGUGCAGGUACACCCCAUACAAGUACAUGUACAGCCAGGGGCAUACAGUAGCUUCUGCCAUUGGGAUGUGAGUAUGGAGGUCGGCUUACAGCUAUUGUGAUCUAUCCAGAUAAAAAGCUGUACAAUACAGGUCAAAUUGUAAGUUACAGGUCAAACAAGCAGUUGAAUGGUAAAAGGUUUAACCAAUUACAUGCACGCAGUGUUUAUAGGUUAUCUCUAUGCGUAUAUAUAAGUAUGCUCUUCUAAAUACAGCUUGCAAGCAUGAAUCUACAGGUAGACACUUUUUUGGAAUAUGGUGAAGGGUUUGGGGUCAGUUAUAAAGAGAGUUGCUGUGGUUGAGAGCUUUGGAAACCAGUGUAUUCUGGCAGUCCUGGUGCACAAUUAAUAACUAACAGUGGAGUUACAUAAGAGAUUGGGUGUGCAUAGCCCCUUCCAGCAGUGCUGCUGACUAAUACACACCUAAACUAUUGCUGUGAUUACCUUCUUUAUAAAACAAUAGUACGAAUAUAGAGGGGUUGUUUGUAAAUAUUAAUAUAAAUAUUGGAACUGUCAGAAUAUGGAUGUCAGCGUUAAAAUGUAUCACCCAAGUUGACAAAUUGAAUUAAAGGAUCACUAAAGGCAGCCAGACCACUUAAUCUCAAUGAUCUGGGUGCAGUGGCCCUCUGCAUGGGUUGGGGAUCAGUAUUGAUUUAGGAAUACAUGUUUAUAUGCCAUAGUGUUCCUUUAAGAAGGGCAAUCUUCAUUUAUGGUUCCCCUGCUUCCAUUAUAGGACAUGUUAACUGUACAUAUGCCAGUGACGUCACUUGGUGGGUGUUGCAGAAGCUGCCAGUAUUACGAUUCUGCGUAGUUUUGUACAGAAGGAGGUCCAUGUGGGUGGGGGUUGACACCAUGAGUUACUGCACUUUCUGACACCAACCAUAGUGAUGCCACUGCAUACCCUCUGCAUAAUCUUCCCAACUACUUUUGAAAGAACAUACAUGUGCAAAUUAUACUAUGAAUUCGUAAAUUAUUCAAAUUAUUUCAAUCUAACAGUCAGUGAGUCCACACUCCCGUGACGAGUAGAAAUUCACCGCUGGUUAAUGUGCCACGCACCCUCCAGGCUUGCAGGGGCAAGUAACUUUCAAUGGCUGGCUAGUAACGUGGGUCCUGAGUCCUGAUAUACGAGGCCUGACUUCUAACUUUAAAUUCAUUUUUUUUGGCACAAAAUCGACUUCAAUGUAUGCCGUUGCAGAUAUUCCGUCACGGAGACCGUGCUCCCAUUGACACAUACCCAACAGAUCCUUAUAAAGAAGAAAUUUGGGAGAAUGGCCUGCAACAACUGACCAAGGUAAAGGCAGAUUAACAGAUUAAGACCUUUAUUAAUAAUAGCAUUUGGUGACCGCCUUAAUCCGUACCCACACUUGUCUAAGCAUGCUAUUUUGUUAUUUUACAAAAAGUUCAGUAUUUUUGAUAUAUUAUGAAACAUCAUGUAGCGGUUUGCACUGAAAAAAUAAAGAAUGUUUUAAAAAAGACAUAUUAGAGUGGAUAUGAUACUAUUAUACAAAUAUAUACAGGAUGGGUACACACCACUCGGUGCUAAUCUAUUUAUUAGCAGGAAUAUACAACAGACAAGAGGACAUCCAUUGAGACUGGAUGAAAUGCAUUUUCAACAGGAAAGGGUUCUUUACAAUAAGGGCCACAUAGUUGUGAAAUUAUAUACUCAAAGUGGUUGACAUCAAAUUUUGUAUAUAGUUUUUAAAAAGCCUGUUUUUGAUUUAUUUAAAAAAAAAUAUUUAAGGAUAUAAUUAACAUGUGUAUAAACAGGUUGUUGAUCCAAUGAGCAAUCCAAUUGCCAUCAUGGAGUCAAGAAGGAAUUUAUAUUCCCAUUUUGUGUCUAUUUUUUUAUUCCCAUUAUUGGCUACCGCAUCGAAUUGUAUUAUUUCCUUUUUUUUAUUAAUAGCAUACAAAGAUGAGGUUUAAAAUUUGACUUUGAUGGACUUGAGUCUUUUUUUUCAGUCUAGAUGCUACGUAAAUAUGUAAUUAAUUUAUAUUGGCCUUUCUCAACAGUUCAGAUUGUCCUUUACCUCUUCUUAUAGGACAACGGUUACUAGAUGACGUUAUAUAAUUACCACUUUUUUAACGUUUUCACCAGGAGGGUGUGAGACAGCAAUAUGAAUUGGGACAGUACUUGAGGAAGAGGUACGAGCAAUUCCUGAGCCCACGAUAUAAUAAGAGAGAGGUAAGUCAACAGACCUAUGAGGGACACUAACGACUUUAAUUUUAAUGAUUAGAAUUAAAAACAUAAAUGAGUUUGUACAGAGGACAAAUAAACAUUUAUACUGCAAAGAAGAAAGCAGCUACUGUAGAAUUUCAAAGCGUUUCAGCUGAUUAGUAAGUGGUUUUUAUUGUGGCAGGGAUAAAUAUUUGUUUUAAGAAUUUUUGACAUUGGCUUCAAGGGUUACUCCAAACACCAUGACCACUUCGCCGCUUGAAGUCUACAAAUGCGGCAUUUCAGUAUGAAACAUUGCACACAUAGAGAGAUAUUAUGACCCUUUAAUAAUAGAGGUCACAGCUGGUGCAGUUUGUGACCUGAAAGCCCCAUGCACUCUCUUUAUCGCCAUCUGGUGGUGGAACAAAGAAAGCAGGGCACUUGCAUCACUCAACUCUCUAACCUGUUACCUCUCUCACAUCCUCUUCUCUAUUUAAUACAGAGAAUGACAAGACAUGAUGGUGGUGGUGGGAUAGAGGGCAGUAGGUUUACUGACAAAAUAAUGUAAGCUGUGGACCACCUCGAAAAACCUCCUCUGCAUACCUUGUACUAUCUCUCUUAAUGGUCCUUGUGUAAUUUAGAAGGAAUGUAAGCUUCUUGGCCUCUAUCUUGCCUAUCAUUGGUCUGUUCUACUGAGAUAACUGGAUAUCGCUAACCUGUCUUGAGGCGUCAUAAACAUGGAUGAACUCUAAAGAGAAACAUGAGUUGCUAGCUAACCCAACUAAAAAUGGUGUUUGUGCCCAGUCAUUUCCAGAAAAUUGCCUUUUAUUAUACAUACUAUCGUUUCUUCUCUUAACACAUAGCUCUACGUGCGCAGCACAGACUACGAUCGAACCUUGAUGAGUGCUCAGGCAAACCUGGCAGGACUCUUCCCACCCCAAAAUUCUCAGAUAUGGAAUCCUGAACUACUGUGGCAGCCAAUCCCUGUUCAUACUGUGCCCGUCUCUGAUGAUCGGGUAUGUUUGUAUUUCAGAAACAUUUAACAUGUAUUAACAAGGCAAUCUGAAGGAGCCCUGAAAAAGUUUUGCUAGAAAGCUCCCACUCGCCACACUCUGAAGAAGAUAAGCAGGAUUAAAAUCAUGUUAGAAACCCUUUUAAAAAAACUGAGUCUGUUCCUGGUCUUUGAACACACUUAUUGCUGUGUAGCCUAGCCAACAUUUUUAUUUCUAUUGUUAAAGCAGAACUGUCACUACCAAGAUUUAUGUACAUGUAUAAUUAUUAUUUAUUAAAAAUCUCACUAAUGUUAAUUUUUAAUAAAUGUAUAUGAGGCUGUCUAGGCAUGCCAUAUGAAUUAAAUUAACCCCUGCUGUGACAUACGCGGGUGUGCUUGUGUGUGUUUGGCAAUGCUGAAAGAAUUACACUUGAUUUGCCAGAGGGUCAGCGAAGUCGCUCUGAACACGGAUGUGCAGUGGAGAUAAGUAUGUUAUUUAAUUAUUAUUUUUUUGCGGCACUAUUCACCCCAGUAAAUGCUUUUAUAGCUUUUUCAGGUUUGUCGGAACCAUAAACUGUCACUUAGCGACUUAUUGUAGAUCCGCAUUAAAUACAAAGCUGUAUUCCUUGCACUAUAGCUCCCUCCCCACUCCCCCACACCCACAGUGUAAGAGUUAAAAAACCCUUACUGCACCAAUAACCCUUGCUCUGUGUCGGUGCUCUGCCCCCUCUCAUGUCACCCAAUGGGAGGCGAUAAUGCACAUGUGAGGCGAAUGCCGCAAGCAGGGCCGAUCCUAGGGUCACAGGGGCCUUGGUGCAGAAAUUUGUUUUGGGCCCCCAGGUGGGCGUGGUCAUCUUUCUAACCCCUCCCUUUUGCAACGACUCCACAUCUCACACACUCUCACUGAGAGACACACACACACUCACUCACUCCUUUAACAAGCACUGACAGAAACAUUGACACACACUCUCAAUGGCAGAUACAUAAUCCAACUGAUUUGAAACAUUCACUGACAGACACUCAGCGUUUUAAAUCACAACAUACAUAAUGACACAAUUACACACACACUGCCCCAUACAUACCUAGACAGUCACACACAAUACAAUACACACACACACAUUCACACUUUCAUAUGGACACUGUAUCUGUCACACACACUUACUGACAGAUACAUUUACUAACACCCACACACACUUACUAACAGACACACUUGCUUACACUCCUUGGUUUUGCACCCCUCCCUGUCACAGGUGCCUCAUCCCAGGGCCCUAUUUAGCCUUGUACUGCAGAGAACUUGAGAUGAAAGUAUUUCCCCAAGUAAGUAGUUCAUUUAUCAGACAUUUGGCAGUUUGAGUAGGACCUGCCAAAGAUGGGGUACAUUGACGUUGUGGCGGGCUUAUGCAAUGUAUGAUCAUAUAAUGUAACUAAACCCCCAUUAUUGUUUGCCUAGAUUAGGUGUUUUAAAAAAAAAAAAAAAAAUAAUAAAAUCUGUCAGCACCAAAGUAGCUGUUUAGUGGAUAAGGGAGUGCGCUGGAUUUUUAUUUUUCCUAUGGGGAAUUAACAGAUGCUGGAUGUCCUCAUGCAGAGCAUGAGGACGUCCAGCGUUGGUUAGGAGACCAAAAGUCACAUAACCAUCAAUCAGACAGGCACUAGAGGCAGUCUUAACCCUGCAAGGUAAUUAUUGCAGUUUCUCAGAAGGGUUGAGGGGACAGUGCACCAAGACCACUUCAAUGAGCCGAAGUGGUCUGGGUGCCUAUAGUGUCCCUUUAACCUACCUUUCAUUUCUCUAGGACAGCGAUGGCAAACAUUUAACACUCUGGCUGAUUGGGACUAUAUCCUAGUUGUCUGCAUGUUUAGGGAAACAUAGUCUGCACCAGCUGAAGAGCCAAAGGUUAGCCAUCCUUGCCCUUGAUCAUAGUUUGGGACCUUUAAAUAAAUUUGACUUUGAUCAACUCCUGUCUUUGAACUGGAGAAAAAUAUUUAUUUGUAUGUUAACAAUUUUAUAUCUUAAAAGGCACCAUCAAAUAAAAUGACCUCCAUGUUCUUUAAGGAGCUCAAUAUUCAAUCUCUUUAAUAGUGUGAUAUAUUUUGUUUAGCUUCUGAAAUUUCCUUCGAAGAACUGCCCACGAUAUUAUGAGCUCAAUAUUCAAUCUCUUUAAUAGUGUGAUAUAUUUUGUUUAGCUUCUGAAAUUUCCUUCGAAGAACUGCCCACGAUAUUAUGAGCUGAUGAAAGAAACCACCCAACAACCUGAAUAUCAGAACCAGAUGAAGAGCUGGAAGGUAAUGCUGUUGGCACAUAUAGUUACUUUUCUUGUUUCAGUUUCUAUCAGUCUCCCCAGCACCUCACCCUGGAUGGAAAAAUUCAGCUACCAAGACCCACGACUGCUGACCCGACAAAAUCCCUGACUAUUGUUUGUUUGCAUGUGAGUGUGUGUGAGUGAGUGAGUGAGUGAGGCAUUCUACUGCAGCUGGAAUUGCAAGGAAAUUACAAUUUCUAGAAAUCCAGCUGUUUCACCAAAACAUGUUUUAAAGGAAAAUAAAAUCCACCAUGUAACAUAGAGCGUGGAGAAUGGUGGCCUUUGGUUGUAUCGUUUAUGAUUUCAAUGCUCAAAGGCAUUGUUUUCCCUUCACAAUUAGAAAUCAUCUGUCUGUCUGUUCACUUGUCCAUCCAUCUUUCCAUUGAUCUCUUUGUCUCUCUGUGUCUCAUGUCAGAUUUUCAGCUUUUUGUAGGCUAACCUAACAUUUAAAUAAAAAAAUAAAAAAAUAUAUAUAUAUUUUAAAACUUUAAAAGUUGUUAUAUUUUACUUAUUUGCCUUGAAAACAUACAAUUUACCUGAAGGAGACAUUCCACUCCCCAAAUAAAUAUAAAAAUUAUAAUACUGUUUAGUAGAUAUGCCCCAAAUUAAAACAUGCUACCAGACAGCCACUAGAGGGACUUCCAGCUUCUUAGACGACUUUUGGUCGUCUUAACGACGCUGGACGUCCUCACGCUUUGCAUGAGAACCUCCAGCUUUGACGGAAUCCCCAUAGGAAAACAUUGAAUAAUGCUUUCCUAUGGGGUGGUCUAAUGCGCAUUAGGUCUCCCCCACCGGAUGACAUUGGUGGGGGAGGCGCAGGAGUGGAGCCUGACCCAGCGCCAAGGGACAUCGGCGCUGGAUUCAGGUAAGUGUCUGAAGGUGUUUUAACCCCUUCAGCAAUGUGGGAUGGGGGGCUGGAGGGAGGGGGGCACUCCAGGAUUCUCUAGUGCCAGGAAAACAGGUUUAUUUCCUGGCACUGGAGAAUCCCUUUAACUAACCAAACCAAGUAACAGGUCUGAUUAACAGACAGUGGGUUGUAACAAGGUUAAUUUCUAAAAAAAAUUAUUUCUACUGAUAUGCACUUUUGUAAAAUGUAAAACAAAGAGGAAACACUAUUCACAUAUUAAGAAUUUCAGCAAGUAAAAGUGCUUUGGAGUCCACAGUGUCCCUAUUAAUGGUUUUUAUUUAUUUUAGGAAUAAAAGUUGGGAUCAAACGUCAUCCACUUGAUGAUGUACCAGCACAGAAGGUCUGACUCCACUGCAGAGCAGUAUUAUUAUUAAUAUUACAUCAGUUCUACUUACAAGUGAUUUUUGCAAUAUUUUAAUAUUUCCCUGUACUGCACUUGGAGUUGGACAAAUAUUUAAAUGCGCAUGCCGGUCAAACGCAAAUGACAACAAAACUGAAAGUUGAAUCUGUCCAUACCCAGCUUGGUUUAUUGUAUUCUUUCCUCAUGUUAUCCUAUUUUUACCAACAGGGUUUCACUGAGUGUCUAGCUAAUUACACUGGUUAUAAUAAAGACCACACAAGCACGCAUCGGAUCUGGAAGGUCUACGAUACACUAUUCUGUCAGGUAAGGCUUCAUAAAAAAAUGCACAUGUCAUCAUAAAAUGAAACUAUAAUUUGAAAAAAAUGAAGAUGGGCCCACCUCACAAAACAAACUGUCCCAUUCACUAUUCAGAUCUCAUUCCCCUCCCGUUUCCCGUUUUUAACCCUCUCCCAGAUAAUGCCACCAACAUUCCAAUUUUUUUGGAAUGAUUUUUAAUACUCUUUGCUACAUUCAUCCAUACUCUCCUUUUUUAUAUCAUUAUCCCGAUACCUCCACCAUCUAACCCAUCCUUUCUAUUCCCAAAUCUGGUCUGAUAUACGGUAUUUGAUACCUGUCCUUGUUCUAUGACGCCCUAGACUCUCUACAAUACAUUAUAUAUCUAUAUAUAUUUUUAUAUGGUAUCUGACAGUCCAGUAGCAAUUCAGUACUACUAGCAGAGUGCUUUAGUAGUUAGGAAUGGUCUUCUAAUGUAGCACUCCAAGCACCAUAACCACUACAGAGCGCUGUAGUGGUUAUGGAGCCAGGAGUGCCCCGGUGCCCUCCCAGGGUAAGUAGUCAAACCGCUCCCAAACAGUGUCAUUGUAACGGAUCACCUGGCACCCCGACUGGGUACCUCCGUUGAAGUAUGCUCCUAGCGCUUCUUGAGGACUCCAAGCACUGCAGCAGACACCACACCCGCUGAACCGGAGAAGCAUACGAAAGCAUACAAUCAGCUUACACUCCUGGCAAUCAGCAUACAAUCCAAUUCCCCCAAUAACGAGACAACACUUUGUUUUGAGGUCAAGCAGAACUGACUGUACUGGCACAUACAUCCUCUUUUAUUCACAAUCCAUAAACAUAGUACUGCCCACAGGGUUUUGAAAUACAACCAAUCAAUCCGUACAAUACACACAGACACUCCCACACAAAAUCCUCCCCUCUGCCUGUGAUUUAAUUACUGAACACAAUGGGUAAUAUAAUUAUCACAGGCAGAGAAAUAGUUUUUACAAAAUAUUAAUAACUUCCAAAAUAUACAUGCCAUUCACAUAAAACAUACAUUUUCAGAAUCAGCAUGCUUGAAAUAUACACAUACUCAAAAAUCAGGGCAAUCGGUUCAGGGGUUAAAAAGUUAAGGGAAAGUCCCAUUUGACCAAAUGAAGCAUGGUUUUUCUGCCCAAAACCAGUUCCACAGAGUCUUCUAUCCUGGAGAUAAUUGGGAAGUAAUCCAAUUAUCUCCAAGGACAGAGGCAAAACUCCAUUAGCCACAUGGUAGCAAAAUACAAUAAAAUACAUAAAAAUAUAUAACUGUGCAGCUAUUGCAUAAAACAGGUACAUUCAUCUGAUCUGAGCGCAAAUUAUUACUGAAUGGCGUUCCGAUCACAUACAUACAGUUCAAUUGCCAUGGAGCCAAAGUCUUUCACAUAGUCGUUAUACGAAUGGGCUCCAUAGCAUAGCUAUCUGGGGUAACACUGCUCACAUAGGGAAAGUACCGAAUGACCCGGCUUUUGGGUCUUUGCAGGGGAAAAUCCAGCAUUUCAACAUGGGGCCAUAUUCACAGGGCAGGAGGCUGGCAAUCAGUCUUCUCCAAUGCCCAGUGGUGAGGCUGGUUCCGCCACAGUCAUAACUUACCUGGGCUUUGCUGUAGCACCGAUCACAGUUUUCAGGAGAACCAGAAGCUCUUUCAAGGAACAUCUGUUAGCUCCCCUGAGCUAAGUCCUCUAGUUCGGGGUCGGUUCAUUGGCUGAAAGCACCAACUGAGCCCUCUUAGCCAAUAACUUGAGCCCUGCACCACCAGACCAGCAGAGUACAAAGAGCUACCAUCUGUCCUGGAGGAGGUGACCUGGAUUCUUGCUGAAGUGGUUACAGUGUUGCUUUAAUCCUCUGCCUUUUUAUCCCCUCUUUGCUGUACCCAAAAUAUGAUAGAAAAGAAUGUUCCUUUUUCGUAUAAUUGGCAUAUUCCAAAGUCCUUGAACUUCGGUUAUGCAACCAAUAUACUAUCAUUACUUCUGCUUCGGGCUCAUAUGUUCUUUGCAGUUUUUGUUAUUUAUUUUUUUCUGUUCUAUACAUAGUAUUACACUGUAAAACCUUCAUUAAACACUUCAUUGAAUAAACUGCCAACACUGCACCUGCACAUGACUAUUUUAAACCUGGAUAAUGCAAACACUAUUUUGUGAUGGUUACAUUCCAGAAAUCUCACAACUUCACCUUACCUGACUGGGCCACUCCAGAUGUGCUGAAAACCUUACAGGAAAUUUCUGCCUUUGAUAUCAAAUCACAUACAGGACUCUAUAAAAUCACUGAAAAGGCUCGGCUGACAGGAGGUGAGCUUCUUUAUUUUUUUAUAGUUAUAAUUAAUCUCUUGAUUUGGUAAGUAUGAUAGCAUUUAUCAAUAGGUCCUCUCCAGUUUUUCAUACAAGAUCUCAGAUUUCUGGAUUUGCAGGCAGGCCUCUGGAGUACUGACUUGAGCAACAAUCCUACACAACUAUUACUGCCUAUUUCACACAUAACUUAAACAUAUAUUAAGCACUAUUCCAAGAAAGUUUAAAGAUAAAUGGCGCCACAAUAAUACCCAGCAACCAGUGCAGUACAGAAAACACUUAUACAUACAGAGAAUCUUGAUGAUCAAUAAGGUGAUAGCGCAUUAAUGGUAAGUGUAUUGAACACUGGCAGAGAUAAAACCUAUUAACUAGAAAAGCUAAAAUUUCUGGUGAAAUUGUGUGAAGUGUUCUUGCCUUCACCAGUAGUCUACAACUGGAGUGGGCGGAGUAACGGGGUGGAGUAGCUUGAGUAACUGUUGUGUGGCUGGAGUAACUGUAGAAAGGUUGGAGUGUGGUUCACUCUACAGCAGGGGCAGAGAAGAGCUUUCAAAUCUUUCAAAUUCCUCGAACAUUCCACCAACUGCCAACAGGAACUAAUAGAUUUCAAAUAGGGCAGAGAAGAGCUUUCAAAUCUUUCAAAUUCCUCGAACAUUCCACCAACUGCCAACAGGAACUAAUAGAUUUCAAAUAGGGCAGAGAAGAGCUUUCAAAUCUUUCAAAUUCCUCGCUCAGCUAUCCCUGCUGCCACUGUGAUGUUUUGUACAAAUCAGUCAAUAAUUCCUGUAUAACAAAGUACUCACUUUAUUAAUACAUAUAUAACAGCAUCUUCAUCUUGCAGCCUUCUUACACAGGGUUUCUGCAGCCGCCAUUUUAAAUCCAUCGAACAUUCCACUAACUGCCAACAGGAACUAAUAGAUUUCAAAUAGGGCAGAGAAGAGCGGUUAAAAACAAACUGCUCCAAAUUGCCCACUUCACUGGCGAUUGCCAUCUUCAAGCUGUUGUAUUUUAAAAAACUAUAAAUCCUACAGCAAAGAGCUUUAUAUUGUGAGAAUCACAAGACCCAGAUCUACAUUUUGAUGCAUAGUAUGUCUCUGAAGUAUUAAAAAUGAAGGCACAGUCGCAGUUUAGAUAUUGCCCUUCAAAUUUGAGGUGGCUAGAGUGGAGUUUCAGUGAAUGUCAAUGGACAGUGUGAGUUGCAAACAAAUGGUCAUAUUGUGAAAAUUAUCAGGACUAUGGCUUAGCCGUGGACAUUUUUAGUGGCAGCAGGGAUAGCUGAACGUUUUGAUAUAAGAUUUGUGUAGGUGGACUUGAAAAUGAGGGAGUGGUGGCAGUUUAGAAAUCAUGUCCUGAUUUUUCAGCUUUUGUCAGCUCCCACUCUAGUUUUGAACAUUUCGCCAUUCAUUCCUAUGGGACCAAUUUCACCACAAAAACGACGAUAUUUCGUGAACCAUUCGGCUAGAUGUUCCACAAAGUAAUAACACACCAACCGGGAACCAUCCGCACGUUUCGGUAUAUUACUGUCUAUGUAGUGUAAAAACUGUGGGAGGAGUUAGGAUGGUAAAUUUGGCUAUAAUAGGAAUAAUAAUAUAUAUGUAGAUAACAUUAAGUGGUCUUGCUAUGCAAGAACACUUAAUAAAAACAUAAAAGCGACAUAGCACAGACUGUACAAAGGGGUAUCCGUAUAAUAAAUGUACAGGACACUCACAUAUUUUAGAAAUACCUUAUAUGGCUAUUUCCUCUGUAACAUUUGUUUUGAAUUUUAUAAUUAACUAUGGUACAAAUUAGAAUAUUUUGAACCCAGUAGGACAUGCACCUGAGGAAGACCAGCUACGGUCGAAACAAGUUGUGCUAUUUUAUUUAUUUAUUGUAAUAAAGUAUAUUACUUAUAUAAUUUAUGGUUCCUGAUCUUCAUCUGAGGAAAAUACCACUGGGACCGACUACAAAGCAAUACUCUGAGUGGUUUUAUUAUACCUACUGAGUUCAGAGCUGACCUGAAGGACUCUUAAAUAUGUGAGUGCCAUCUACAUUUUUUUAUACGGAUACCACUUUGUACAGUCUGCGCUAUGUUGCUUAUAUGUUUUUAUUAAUAGGUUUUAUCCUGCCUACCUCUGCCAGUGUGCGAUAUACUUACCAUUAGUGCGCUAUCACCUUAUUGAUCAUCAAGAUAUAUUAAGCACUCCCUGGACAACUACAUAUCCAACUUGCCAACGUUUUUACCAAAGUUCCUACUGCAGUCUUGCAUCUCCAGCAUCGGUUGUCUAUUGCCAAGUCAAUGGAGUAUAACAACUGGGGAGUUUGAUAACAAAAAGAGAGAAGCUUAUAAGCUGUCUCUUGGGAUUUGCUAGAGGCAGUGCAAUGAUCUGUGAGGACAGGUCUUUUGCCAACAGUGAGAAGGUAGUUGUUAUGGGUAAAUGUUAUGAGUUGCUUAUAUCUAUAUUGUAAAGUUCUGCUUGUGCGUGGACUCGAGUCUCUGUAUCGUCUGUAAGAUGUGGGUCAAUUGGGCCGCACAGGCCCCUUUAAGUUUGGCCUCUUUAGCAAUCAAGAAGCCCCUGAAGACACACUUAUGUGCCCCCCCCCAAUUGGAAUAUCCCAUGCUUGUCCUUUUUAGUGAAGUAUUGUGUCAACUACUCUGGAAUUUCCUGUGAAAGAAGAUCAUUGUCCAUGAUUAAGUCAUUCAUUAAUUCGCCAGUUUGUCACUGUGGGGCAGAAUAGGGUGAUAGUCAGGGUCAUGAAUAUGGGUGCAUGGUCAGACCACAUAGUGGUGUCAAUACUGGUCCAGUCAGGUCAGGAAGGUAGUGUGGGAGAAAGAAGUAGUCCAUCUUGGAGUAUAUUGUGUCCGGGUUGGAGUAGAAUGUGUAGUCUCUAGUGUCCGAGUGGAGGACUGGCAAUCUACCAAUCUCUGGCCAAGUAAGACAGAGAGGAUUGUUUGUAGGACUUGAUGGGUACAGUCAAUGCCCCUCUGGAUGUAUCAAGUGAUGGCUCCAGGAGGAUAUUAAAAUCCCCCUGAGAACCAAGCAUUCCUCCAUGUAAGAGGUCCGAGUCCAUAUCAUUUUCUGAGAUGUUUAUCUUGUAGGUAAUUGGGGAGAUACAGAUUUGCCAGAGUAUACUAUCUAUUUUGGAUCAAACCCUUCACCAUACCAUAUCUGCCAAUGUUUCAUUUUGGAGGAAGGGGAACAACUUAUGAAUUUGAAUGACAAACCCCCAUUGAUUUGCUUAUUGCUUAGGAAAUACUGCAUGUAAUGGUGAUUGAUGAGUUUGGGAGCCUGUACCUCUUUGAAGUGUAUCACUUGGACAUAUACUAUUUGUGCUUUCUGGUUCUGGAAAUACCUGAGGGUUUGUGACCUAAUUUCCAUGAUAUUCAGCCCUCUUACAUUUAUGUUAAAAAUGUUAAGAGAAGAUUUCUUAAAGGUUGGGAGGUGAUGACAUGGCGGUUCGUCUGUGCUACAGGAUAUAUCCUAGGAUUGGAAAGCUGUUUCUCAGCUAGGAGAUCACAAUUAGGAAAUUGGUGCCUACCAGGAUAGUGUACCUAUGGGUAUGUACCAGGGUUUGCCAAAAACAUUUGUAAACAUUAGGUAAUGAUUUCUGUUUGUGUCAAUUAAUUCUAUCCCUACUUUCUAUAAAUAGGAAUCCUGGUAGAUGCUAUUCUCCGAAAUUUCUCAGAGGCGAUUCUUAAAUCUUCUACACUUAAAAUGGUGAUGUAUUCAGCGGUGAGUUUAUUUUAAAUAAUGAGCUACUGAUAUUAGUUAGAUCAGGGGUAGGCAACCUACAGCACUAGUGCCAUGCAAGGCACUCAAGGUGCCUUUGCACGGCACUCAAGGCUGCUACAGCCAAACAGGCUCUGGCCUAUCAGGAGUCCCAGUGAAACUUCAGAUAUCUGCUAAUACAAAAAGGUGGUGAAGGACAAUCUUCAAUUUAUGCAUUGUAGCAUGUAGAGGAUCACACUUGUGAAUGGGAAUCCACACUGUAGUAGAGCAGCCUGUGCCUGGCCAGCCUGGUCCCCACUGGAACCCCGGGAAGCCACCCACACUGCUAGAUAUACACAGAAAUGCAGAAUAACCCUCCCCUCAUACAAAUAAUAUGAACAGCCCACAAACAAACACACAUAAUCCGUACAAACGUAACACCACUUACAAUCCAUAUACAUGCACACAACCCCACAUGCAGCUUCUCACAUACAAUACCCCAAACAGCCCCCACACAUACACACACUACCAAACACACAAUGUGACAUAUCCAUCCACACACAAUUCCACAAGCAGCCACCAUACACAGCCCACAUUCAUAUGUAUCAUACACAAUACCAUAAACUACUCCUGAACAUAUACAAUAUAAUAGCUCAUAUACGCACAAAUACAAUCAUACAAAGCAAUUACAGGACAUCACAAUCCUAUAUCGGCACAGUGCUGUUAAAAGGUUGCCUACCCCUGAGUUAGAUACAGAUAUUAACUUUUAACAGGACUAGCUCUGCUUCUAAACUCCUAGAACAGUUAGGGACACCUUAAUACAGAGUAAGAUGUAGACAACCAAUGGGAAAGAGUAGUAAAUUUAAAGAAGGACUGUCAUCCGAAAAUCUCCUCACAUCAAUCAGUUUAAAACAAUAAUGUAAAAUAGAUAUAAAUUAUUUUCAUCUGGGGUGGGACCGGGCCGCCAUGUUGGCUGGUCGCAGAUCAGACUAGCUCCUGCAUGCUUUAACUAGUUCAGCAGAUAAUAGGCAGUUAACUCACUCACCUGGUGCCUCAAAAUCUAUAAUUACAUAGACAUAGACUAAGCAUAGACUUGUGCAGAUGCAGGACACGUGUGCUGAAGGUGUGAAGCACUGAUUGAAAAUUUGAGAGGCCGGAGUUUGCGGCCUGCUUAAGUGCAGAUGAGGUGGACGACAGCCGCCUCACCUUCCUGUCAAAGGCCACACAGCUUGUGGAUCCACUUGUCAGUCCUGUUUUGCCCCCCUUUGGACUGGUGAUGGUUAUCCCGGUCCCCUCUGGAGAGGCCCAACGCUUUCUAAGGGAAGGCAGUGUACCUCAUUCUGCACUACAACUGCGAUCUGACCACAAAAUGGCCGCCAACCAGGCCCAUUCAACCACAAACACGAAGCUUGGCCUGCAGAUUGCAUCUGCUCAUCUAUACCUAAUUCUGUGCUUGGCUGAACUAGCACACGGCUGUCCUAGCUACCCUACUACUUCAACUAAUGGCAUUUGGUGCUGUUACCUUGCACUCAGAGGUUCAGUCUGGCUCCUGCGGCCGUUAACCAAGGCCUAGAGCCAUGAGGAUCAGAUUUUCACAUCCAUGACCACCUAGGUAGGCUAAACCUGGAAAACCGAUGCCGGUUUACUCCGAACAGGAACCAUGAGUAGUAGGUGCGGGCUCGUAUGAUGACCUUGGGCUGGUGAAGCGGUCUAUGCUCGAUGGUACUCUCUGCAGGGACUUUGCUUAUACAGAAUCUAGCCAUGACAGAGGCUGAUGAGCGAUGAUAGGCUAUUAAGGAUAGCACAAUAAAAGACAUUCAAUUGCACGUUGGACAGAGGCUGAUGAGAGCUGAAAGGCUAUUAAGGAUAGCAUAAUAAGAGACAUUCAAUUGCUCGUUGUUGCAUGCAGCAGUAAUCUAGUGCCUUCCCUAUGUGCAUGGUGUUGAUUAAGUGGCAACCCUGCGAAUUUACCUUCUUACCCAUCAUCUGGCAUAUUUUAUCCUGUAUACUAUUCUAACUAGCCUGUCUAUAUACCUUGUUUUACUCUUUAAAAAUGUGCAGCUUCUCAUGACAUUUACUGCAAAAGUUCUAAACCUGUUUUAUCCUAUUGUGCUUUUAAAUCAAAUAUCAUUACUAAUAUUUGUGUACCUCUGCCCUUCAAAAUUAAGAAUGACAAAAAAUAUAAAUUAAAUAUAAACUUGUAUUAACAACCUAUAAGCAUAGAAUGUCAUCUUAGAAUUAUAUCAUCAGUUUUAAACCUUUAGAUACAGUUAGUUAUUACAAAGUGCUACAUUAAGAUACUUUGAAGCCAGUAGCCAUUUAGAAGCUGUAAUUUCCACAUGUGCGCUUACAGAAAUCAGCUGUUUGUAAAAUAGUAAAUAUAGCGUUUAGGUGCCUAAUGAUAUAAAAUGACUUGCAGCUUUUGCAUUUUCCUCUGAACUUUUUCUCUUUAGCAUGACAGCACCAUCAUCGCCUUGCAGGCUGCCCUGAGGGUCUAUAAUGGAAUCCACCCACCGUAUGCAUCCUGCCACAUAUUUGAGUUUUACAAAGAGCAUGAUGGGUAAGUAAAAGGGAACCUAUAGUCCAAAAAUAGCAAUCGCUAUAUAGGCACAAUAAGUUCCCUUAUAGCUCUGUCAGCACCUGUCCAUCCCACUUUUCUCUGUAAAAACUGAUAAAGUAAAUAAAGUUCACUCGCCAACACUCCUCCACCGCAUCCUCCUUUGAUGAUAUCAGUAUCCAAACUGGCAAAUAGAGAAUCCACAUAUUCAACAGGGUAGGGAGUAGGUGCAUUUUUGCUUUCCUGAGCAUCCAAGCUAGCAUUACCCGCGAUUUCCGCUAAUUCAUUACUUCUCAUAGAGGAACAAUGCAUUGGAACUAGUCGUGGAGUUGAACCAAGCCAGUCACCACGCUCCUCCAAUCAAAUGUUGCUAUCAUCAGCAUUUCAUUCCAGAACCGAGUUUUCAUUUGGUUCUGGCGAUGAAAGCGACUCUAAUCUCAGCCAAGAAGACACCCACUAGAGGUGUAUUUAUCACUGCAAUGUAAACAUGUAGUUUGUACAGAAAUGCAAUGGUUUACAUUGCAGGGUUAAAAUGACAGGAUCACUGCACCUGGACCAUUUAAUUAAUAUAGCGUGGUCUGGGUGACUUUAGUGAUCCUUUAGGUGUUCGGUUGCGGAUCCAUUCAUCAUCUUUAUGAAAACGAUCCAGGUUUUGCACAUUUAAGGCACGGCUGAUCUUUACUGCUUCCACAUUUCAAGUAAGACAUGAUUUCCGAGCCUUAAAGGGACACGAUAUGCACCCACCAUAACAACUUAUUGUAUAGCUCAUGGUCUUUUAGUGUCACUGCUCAACUCUCUGCCAUUUAGGAGUUAAAACACUUUGUGUAUGCAGCCCUAGUCACACCUCCCCUGCAUUUGAUUUAGACAGCUUUCCUAAACACUUCCUGUAAAGAGUCAUCUAAUAUUUACAUUUCCUUUAUUGCACAGUCUGCUUAAUUUAUAUUUCCUGUUCUGUUAAUAGUCUUCUAAACUGUGCAGAAGCCUCCUGUGUGUGUGAUUAAAGAAAAACUAUAGUGCCAGGAAAACAAAUUUGUUUUCUGGCACUAAAAUCCCUAUAGUGCCCCAGUCCGUCACGGCACCCUAUCCUCCCCUUGUGGUGCAGAAGUGGUUAAAAACCCCUUCUGUCACUUAGCUGGUUCAGGCUGCUACUCUGCUCGCAUUAAGCCGCGCUUGCAUUAGGACUUCCCCCAUAGGAAAAUAUUAUGGGGGGUGCUGGAUGUUCUCAUGCAGAACGUGAAGACAUCCAGCAUCAGUUAGGCGACCAAGAGUCACCUAACGACCUAAAAGUCCCUCUAGUAACUUUCUGGUAGACAGUCACUAGAGGUGGAGUUAAUCCUCAAAGGUAAUUAUUGUAGUUUUUUUUUGUAAAUCUUUCUUUUAUUAUGGCAUUUGCAUUAUGGGGUACAGAAUAAAGAGAGGAGGCAGUAUGGGAUGAUACAAGUUGAUGUAAACAAGAUGGUACAUAAUACACUCCAACUAAGGACAGCCAUAUAUUUUUUGUUUGAUACGUCAUAAACAUAGUAUUAUAAGCAAUCGUUUAAGUAAUGGGUGCAACGGUCAGUUAGUAAUUGCUCAAAUGGUAGGUUUCAUGUGUACAAUAUAACAGGUUAGUCAUGUUAUGUGUUAAGUAGCUCAGGCUCUCGCUCAGUACUUGUCAACAUGGCAUUGGUAGCUGGGCUGCGAUCUCUCACCCUAUGCCACUGGUGUGCUGUAUGAGGUAAUCCACUCUGUGGUCCUGCGUGAUGCUCAUGUAGGUGUUUCGUGGGCCGCGGCGGCUCCCGUUCAGGCCCCAGGUCUCAUGGAAGGUCUGCAUCUGUAUUCCACAUACUCAGGUAUGCAGUGUAGCCGGGUCUUCCCCUUUAUGGGCACUGCGGAGGACCCCGAUAUUGCGACGCCGCCAGCGGCGGGCGGUUCUCCGGCGUCGUGGGCGAUGCGGUGGGGGUUUACCCCUCUUGGCCUUCGGCCCAGGUAGGCAGGGAGCCUGGGUGGUGUGUGCCCCCGGCUGGGGUCUGCCCAAGCGGGGCUUGUUCGGCCCUUUCAUCUCGGCUUCUCUCACCUCCCGCAUAUGCUUCAGUGCUUGCAGUGCCAUACGCUGCUCCAAUUUCUGCCAGAAGCGCUGGAAUGCCUUGUCUAUGCGUCGGAGGGAUCACUUGAUCAUGUUGUCGCCGUGGCCUGUAUCUGUAGUCGCCAUUUGUGUUGCGGCGUGCGUGCUAGGCCCGCUUUGUGUUGGGCCUGGGUCUUUGCAGGCUGUGAGGAUGUGAGCGAGACCCUGCUGCCCAUCGAUGGGGACCGGGAUGACCCCCACCGGUCCAAAGGGGGGGGAACGAGGGCCCAAUGUCAAGUGUCCAGUAGAGAAUGGCAUCGGAGGAGCGGCCGCCUCCUCCGCGCCAGCAGAAGUGGUUAAAAACCCCUUCUGUCACUUAGCUGGUUCAGGCUGCAACUCUGCUCACAGUAAGCCGCGCUUGCAUUAGGACUUCCCCCAUAGGAAAGUAGGAAAGCAUUAUACAGGUUGUGGGGGAUGCUGGAUGUUCUCAUGCAGAACGUGAAGACAUCCAGCAUCAGUUAGGCGACCAAGAGUCGCCUAACGACCCAGAAGUCCCUCUAGUAACUUUCUGGUAGACAGUCACUAGAGGUGGAGUUAAUUCUCAAAGGUAAUUAUUGUAGUUUAUUAAAAACUGCAAUGAUUACUUUUACAGGGUUAAGGGACUUGGGACAGUGCACCCAGACCACUGCAAUGAGCUGAAGUGGUCUGGGUGCCUAUAGUGUCCCUUUAAAGUUCUAUUUACAAAGCAGGAUAUAAAAACGUAUAAAGCUAGUUAACAACUGAUUGCAAAUUAAACCAUUUUUUUCAUGCAGGCUGGGUCAGUCACAGCCCAUGGAGGUGUGGCCAGGGAUGUAUUUACCUCAAGACAAACAAGGCAUUUGCCUAGGGCGGCACUUUCAAGGGGGCUCCAAAAAACGCCACCCCAAACUCCCAAACAAAUGCCUUGUUUGCCUCAUGUCCUGGGUCUGUCUUUCUUAGGCCACCCUCCCACCCCCUCUGCCCCAAGGUGUUAACCUACUAAUAUUCUAGCCAGGCGGCAAGGAAGCGCUGUCCUCCACUCUUCUUGCUCUCUCACGCUCUGUGAGUGAGUGUAGCUGUCAGUGCAUGUGUAGCUGUCAGUGUGUGUCGGUGAGUGCGUGAAAGUGUGUGUCUGUCAGAGUGUGUCAAAACAGUGAAGAUGGGUAUGUCUGUGUGUGUAUGUCAGUGUGUCUGUCAUUUUAUGUGUAUCUGAGAGUGCGUGUCUGUCAGUGAGUGGGUGUGUCAGUGUGUGUCUGUCAGUGAAAGUGUGUGUUGGUUAAACAGUGUGUGUGUGCCAAUGACUGUAUGUGUGUGCCAAUGACUGUGCAUUUGCAAUUGAGUGUAUUUCAGUGCAUGUAUCAAUGAGGGCCUGUGUCUGUCAGUCAAAAAAGUGGCCUUGACACGAAUUGGGGGGUAAAUUAAGAUUUGGGGGGUGCCCAAAUUUAGUUGUGCUUAAGGCAGCACAAAUCCAAAAUACACCACUGAGUGUGGCUGGGGCUGCAUAAACAGAAACAAAAGUUAUUUAACUCCUAAAUGGCAGUGAAUUGAGCAGUAAAACUUCAGAGACAUGAUCUAUACAUCAAACUGCUUCAUUAAGCUAAAGUUGUUUUGAUUCCUAUAGUAUCCUUUCAAGUAUGACACGUUCCUUAUUGACAACUUUUUAUUAGGACACAAGUUAUUUGAUUUGGCUGCUUUUUAGCCUUUUAGGGAUUAGUUUAUCCAGUUUCUCUCAUUUAAAAAAACGAGACAACACUAGACUAGAUUGAACUUUUGUGAUUUCAUCUGUCUAUGAUAUUGUUUUUUUGGAUUAAUCAAUUUUAGAAUUUAGUGGGUUAUUUAGAACCUGGAGGGUGCCUUUAAUAUACGUUUUAAGUCAUUGAUAGGCAGUUUGACCCUUCACUUGCAUGAUUAUUUUACCUUUCUACACUACCCUGAGAUAGAGAUAACUGAUUCUUCCUCUCGCACUCAGACUCUUGGUUGCGUCUUAACUUCUGGUAGUGAUUGCAUCAACAACCAUCCCAUGACAGUGUCAAAAUGUCAAACAAUAAGCUGUGUCCUGUAUUCAUUGCCCCCAAAUAAACCAUAUGCCUACCCAAACAUUUGCUACUCUGCCAGAUGGACCUUCACAGUUGAGAAUUAAUGUUUGGAAUCCUCAUGCCUAUUGCACAAUCCCUUAGAGUGGAUGAUGCGGAAUCAUGUGGUUGUCUUUGCUCUGUCACUAAGAGACACAUCUGGCGACACACUCCCCACUCUCGGAGCACGCACUGGCAGAAUGGACAGCAGAGGUCUUAAUAUAGACUCUCGGAAUAAGACAGGAAGUCAUAUGAUGAAAGCAUGGGGCACUGUAAGACAUCCAAAUGUUACAAAAACAGAGGUUAAUGUCAAUUGUUUCUAAAGUGACUUUAACCCCACUUUCUUUUACUCUCUCUUUUAGCAUAUUUUAUAUCAUUUUUUUUUACAUAUGUUACACUCUGAUAUAUAAAUAUUACAAAAAUAAUGUAUGAAUGCUUUUUGAUGUUUAAACAACAUUAAAAAAUAAAAAGCUUUGUGCCCCUUACAAUAUACCUAUUGUGUAACACACAGCUUUAGAUGAAAGGCCAUAAAGUUUCAUAUAUACAUUGUACUAUCAGACUUUUUACCAAAUGUUUAUAUUUUUAAAUGUCUACAUAUAAAUUUGGUCUCUAGUCACUUGUCGAUCAGUUCUUGGCACAGAUGGGUAUGCUGAGAGCAAAGGUCUGAGUGCUGAAAGGGGCCUCCUUCCCCUUUCCCAGCAAAUACUGCAUACAAAGCGCAUGCACAGGAAGCAUGCGCUGUGUACGACAGGUUCACUUUUAAGCUAUUGAGUGGUGUAGUCAUGGGAUCUUCCAUAAUGAACCUAGUAUAAGUUGUAUAUCAUCUACGUUAUAGCCUGGGAACAAGUUCUAACUACAUCCUAAACCUCAGAAGAGAUGAAGAACAUCUCAGGGCCAGGCACUCCAGCUGAACUAUACAACUCUAAUUUCAGAUCUGCUCACAUCACUCCUGUGCACGCCCACAAGGAUUUUAGGUCCUGCGUGUGAUGGCUACUAAGUCUCUGUAGCAGUAUCAUGUUUAUUUGUCCUAUUUCCUACCAUUUUAAAAAAAAUGACAUUAAUUUUUAUUAAAUUAUUUUGUUUUUUCAUACCAGUGUUUCUCCAUUCAUCUCAGUGCUAAAUAACACACACCCCUUUUGGCUCACAAUCAGAAUCACUGUCGAUCAAUGCCACAAAUUUGUAUUUAAACGUUCGUCAUUCUAAUUUAACCAAUGAAAGUCAAAGAAUCAUGGACAAUGUAGUUCAAUAAUAGAUAAACGACUACAUUUAGAACUCCCAAGCAGUGAGGUUGGCAGUUUUCUUAGAGUAAUUCUCUUGCUGGGCAUUCUGUUUACAUUACUGGGCACAAUGCACCUGUUUUGUAGAGCCAGCAUCAUCACCUUUGGUUUUACGAGUCUUUAAACAAUAUUUGUUUCAUUCCCACUCUUAAAGCACGUAUAGUGUCAGCAUGUUCUACAGGAAUGACUCCAGCAAGGACCCGUAUGAAUUGGGGCUACCAGGGUGCACAUCUCCCUGCCCACUGGAACACUUCACCCAGCUAACAGCGCCAUUCAUUCCACAGGACUGGAGGAAAGAAUGCCAAGUAACAGAGCAGAGUCAGCGAUCAGGUACGCAGGUGAUAGUUAUCGGUCUAGCCAUCAGAGUAUGAAGUAUAUCAGUUCAGGGACAGGACUUGGCAGCAUAUGCUCUCAAUUUGCUGUAUUGUUCCAAUAGUUGCGGAUCUUAGUGAUGUGAUAAGACAGAGGUAAAGUAAGGAUAAUGUUUUUUUCUGCUAACGUAACCUGAUGAGAAAAUUCUCUCUAAACUUCUGUACCUCCUUUAGACCUUUUUUAUUUUAUUUUAUAGGAUUUAGUGUCAUUAGGGAUUCCCUAAGCUUUCACCUUGUACAACUCCAGGUCCAUGAUCACAAUCUCCCGUCCCUUAUGUGAAUGUCUUAUGCUUGUCUUCUUUUGAAAUUGCUUUCAGAAUUAUCCCUCCAUUAUUUAAUCGUAAAAAAUUCUAGUGCUUAAAGUUAUUUUACUUACACACUUCUAACGAAGAGACCAAAUUACAUUCCGAAAAUGGUAGUCUCUGUAGUCAUGGCAAAAAGAUAUGUUACAAUAUGGACUUUCCUUUGCAGAUGUCACCACUGUGGCUUUGUCAAUCACUGUUGGAGUCCUUGGAGUACUACUGAUAGCAGUGCUGUUUUGGGGCUGGAGAAUGCACACGGCUACAACAUGGAGUCAUCAGAACGCUUAAGCUUCACAAGGACUAUGCAGACAAAUCUUUAAAUAGGCAACAUUCCUAAAGAGGUGGCUGACUAAAAUAUUACUUGAUCUUUGGUGGCUCAGACAUCUAAACACAACCCUCCUAUGUGAAUGGAAAGAACCUAAAAUGCAAAAAUUUAGAACUUGUGAGGUCAUGGGUGGAGAUAUGGCAACCCAGUACACCAGGUUGCUGCUGGGGAAAUGGCCAGAUGUUCUGGAAUCCCGUGGCACAUGGCCCUUUUGAUUACUUUAGUGUGCCAUGAUAGAGGGACAGGGGCCCCAUAUCAGGACUGUUGGAAAGAUUAUACAUUUUUACAUACGGGCUCAAACUUAUGUACAACCCCGUUACCGUUUAUCCUUGAAAUCCUUUAUGACUGCAAAUUAGAUUCCUGGCUAAUCAUGGCAGCAUCACUUAUGGAUAGCUCCUCCCUUAGCAGUAACAGGACAAGAAUUAAUUAGAUUAAUUAAUUAGACUAAUAGG